UAGACCUAGGUGAACCUAGAACUACUAGGAUUAACAUUUAGUUGGCGGAUAGGUCUAUUGUACGGCCUAAGGGGGUCGUGGAGGACUUGCUCAUUAAGGUGGACCCUCUCAUUUAUCCAGUCGAUUUGGUCAUUUUAGACAUUAGUGAAAACAUGGAUGUCCCUCUUAUCUUGGGUAGACCUUUCUUAGCAACCGCCAAGGCCUUGAUUGAUGUGAAUGGGGGGAAGUUAGUGCUUAGGACAGGGGAGGAAGAAUUUACAUUCUCUAUUGAUGAUAGUAUGAAGUUCUCUCACCAUCAUGAUGAUUUUGAUUAUUGCGAAGAUGUCUUUGACUUCAUGGAGGCACUCGCAUCCGCGGCUACCCAUAGUUUUGGCGCUUUUGAAGAGUGUUGUUUGGUAGGGAUGAACAGCUCGAACUCUCCGGAAGAGGAAAUCCAACUUCCGCAAGAUCAAGAAGUGGAGGCCUUGCCCUCGAUGCCAAAAAUCUCUACCUCGUUAGAGGAACCUCCCGAGUUGGAGCUAAAGCCUCUGCCUCCACAUCUUGAGUAUGCUUUUAUGAGGGAUGAUAGGAAACUCCCAGUCAUUAUCAACUCAAAUCUUACACCGGAGCAGAAGGCUGAAUUGAUUGCGGUCCUGAAGCGUCACAAGAGGGCGAUAUCAUGGAAGAUUACAGAUAUCUGAGGGAUGAGACCGACUUUUGCUCGCACAAAAUCUACUUGGAGGUGGGUGCCAAACAGGUUUGACAACCGGAAAGGCGUGUGAAUCCUAACCUAGAGGAAGUGGUGAAGGCGGAAGUGAUUAAGCUAUUGGAUGCUAGGAUUAUCCACCACAUUUCGGAUAGUCAGUGGGUGCGCUCAACUCAGUUGAUUCCUAAGAAAGGAGGAAUGAAGGU